UUAGUAUGGACACGGACUUAGGCUGGAGCCCCUCCAGACCUUGAAAACUACGGAAGAAUGGAGCUGUCUUAGUUGAAAAGGAUCCUGGAAUCUCAGCCUGGAUAACUGCCGCCCGGGAGGAGCAACCCGGGCGCCCCACUAGGGCAACGGCCCCUGCCCCUCGGGCCGGGAUCAUGAAAGGCCUCGGUGACAGCCGCCCCCGCCACCUCUCUGACAGCCUAGACCCGCCACAUGAGCCCCUGUUCACAGGGCCUGACCGCAACCCUUACCUGUUAUCGCCCACAGAGGCCUUUGCCCGCGAGGCCCGCUUCCCUGGGCAGAACGCCCUACCAGGGGAUGGGCUCUUCCCGCUCAACAACCAGCUGCCGCCACCCAGCAGCACCUUCCCCCGCAUCCACUACAACUCCCACUUUGAGGUGCCAGAGGAGAGUCCCUUCCCCAGCCAUGCCCAGGCCACCAAGAUCAACCGGCUGCCUGCCAACCUCCUGGACCAGUUUGAGAAGCAGCUGCCCAUCCACCGCGAUGGCUUCAGCACCCUCCAGUUUCCCCGUGGUGAGGCCAAGGCCCGUGGUGAGAGCCCUGGCCGCAUCCGCCAUCUGGUACACUCAGUCCAGAGGCUCUUCUUCACCAAGGCACCCUCUCUGGAGGGCACAGCGGGCAAGAUCGGUGGCAAUGGCAGCAAGAAAGGUGGCAUGGAGGACGGCAAGGGCCGGAAGGCCAAAAGCAAGGAGCGGGCCAAAGCCGGGGAACCCAAGCGGCGCAGCCGCUCCAACAUCUCGGGCUGGUGGAGCUCCGAUGACAACUUGGACGGGGAGGGUGGCGCCUUCCGCAGCAGCGGCCCAGCCUCCGGGCUGAUGACUCUUGGCCGCCAGGCGGAACGCAGCCAGCCACGCUACUUCAUGCACGCCUAUAACACCAAGUACGUCAAACGGGGCUCCUGGUCUACUCUGACCCUCAGCCAUGCCCACGAGGUCUGCCAGAAGACUUCAGCCACCUUGGACAAGAGCCUGCUAAAGUCCAAAUCCUGCCACCAGGGUCUCGCCUACCAUUACCUGCAGGUGCCGGGAGGCGGUGGCGAGUGGAGCACCGCGCUGCUGUCCCCGCGCGAGGCUGACACCGCGGCCGAGGGGCCCAUCCCGUGCCGACGCAUGCGCAGCGGCAGCUACAUCAAGGCCAUGGGCGACGAGGACAGCGACGAGUCCGGUGGCAGUCCCAAGCCCUCACCCAAGACCGCGGCGCGGCGCCAGAGCUACCUGAGGGCCACGCAGCAGUCGCUGGGCGAGCAGAGCAACCCCCGCAGGAGUCUGGACCGCCUGGAUUCAGUGGACAUGCUGUUGCCCUCCAAGUGCCCAAGCUGGGAAGAGGACUACAACCCGGUCAGCGACAGCCUCAAUGACUCCAGCUGCAUCAGCCAGAUUUUUGGACAGGCCUCCCUGAUCCCCCAGUUGUUUGGCCAUGAGCAGCAGACUGUUGCAUCAGCUUCAUCUCUGGCCUUUGCCUCCAUUCCAGACCCCCUCCUUAACAUCCAUGCUGUACACCAGGUUCGUGAGGCGGAUCUGAGUGACCAGUACGAGGCAGCCUGCGAGUCGGCCUGCAGUGAAGCGGAGUCGGCAGCGGCAGAGGCACUUGACUUGCCGCUGCCCAGCUACUUCCGCUCCCGCAGCCACAGCUACCUGCGUGCCAUCCAGGCAGGCUGCUCACAGGAGGAGGACAGUGUCUCCCUUCAGUCCCUCUCCCCACCACCCAGCACGGGCAGCCUCAGCAACAGUCGCACACUUCCAAGUACAUCAUGCCUAGUGGCAUAUAAGAAGACCCCGCCACCGGUUCCUCCACGCACCACCUCAAAGCCGUUCAUCUCGGUCACAGUCCAGAGCAGUACAGAGUCCGCCCAAGACACCUACCUGGACAGCCAGGACCACAAGAGCGAGGUGCCUAGCCAGUCGGGCCUGAGCAACUCAUCAGACAGCCUGGACAGCAGUACCCGACCACCCAGUGUGACGCGGGGUGGAGUCGCCCCAGCCCCUGAGGCCCCGGAGCCACCCCCAAAACAUGCAGCUCUGAAGAGCGAACAAGGGACGCUGACCAGCUCUGAGUCUCACCCCGAGGCCAUCCCCAAAAGGAAACUGUCAUCAAUAGGAAUACAAGUUGACUGCAUUCAGCCAGUGCCAAAAGAGGAGCCCAGUCCCGCUACCAAAUUCCAGUCCAUCGGGGUUCAGGUAGAGGACGACUGGCGAAGCAGCGCUCCUUCUCACAGUAUGUCCUCCCGACGGGACACUGACUCGGAUACCCAGGAUGCCAAUGACUCAAGCUGUAAGUCAUCCGAAAGGAGCCUACCAGACUGCACCCCACACCCCAACUCCAUCAGCAUUGAUGCUGGCCCCCGGCAGCCCCCCAAGAUUGCCCAGAUCAAGCGCAACCUCUCCUAUGGAGAUAACAGCGACCCUGCCCUGGAGGCAUCCUCGCUGCCCCCACCCGACCCCUGGCUCGAGACGACCUCCAGCUCUCCAGCAGAGCCUACCCAACCAGGGGCCUGCCGCCGUGAUGGCUACUGGUUCUUAAAGUUACUUCAGGCAGAAACAGAGCGGCUGGAAGGCUGGUGCUGCCAGAUGGACAAGGAGACCAAAGAGAAUAACCUCUCUGAAGAAGUCUUAGGAAAAGUCCUCAGUGCUGUGGGCAGUGCCCAGCUACUGAUGUCCCAGAAAUUCCAGCAGUUCCGGGGACUCUGUGAGCAAAACUUGAACCCUGACGCCAACCCACGUCCAACAGCCCAGGACCUGGCAGGGUUCUGGGACCUGCUACAGCUGUCCAUCGAGGACAUCAGCAUGAAGUUUGAUGAACUCUACCACCUCAAGGCCAACAGCUGGCAGCUGGUGGAGACCCCCGAGAAGAGGAAGGAAGAGAAGAAACCACCCCCUCCAGUCCCAAAGAAGCCAGCCAAAUCAAAGCCGGCUGUGAGCCGUGACAAGGCCUCGGACCCCGCUGGGGAUAAGCAGCGUCAGGAGGCCCGCAAGAGACUCCUGGCCGCCAAGCGGGCAGCUUCUGUGCGGCAGAACUCGGCCACAGAGAGUGCGGACAGCAUUGAGAUUUAUGUCCCCGAGGCACAGACCAGGCUCUGAGACCACGGAGGAGGAAGACCACUUGAGAUGAUUAAAAGAACACGCACAGAAACUAAACACCAGUGGAAUAAAAUUUUCUCAACCUUUAGUAUGGUUAUCUGUCUAGAGACCCUGAGCCAACUUUCAAAUUGAUGCAUACAAGGGCUCACAAUUUGGCUUUUUUGGGUCCCUCCCAGCUUUAGGUUUUGAAGACAUCACACACACAAAAAAUCAACAGAAAACACAAAACUAGAAACUUUUUUUCCCUCUUGCUGGCCGUGGCGGACUAGAGAUGGACAUCGGCAACUCCCCGGCCCAGCCUCCAGACUGCAAUCUUUUUACUGUUCUAUCUGACGAGAACCUACACUGGCUUGUUUACAAGACGACAACAGUCCAAGGGCAGCCUUGGGCACCUGCCAUGUCCUUCCUCCUUCUCCCUACUCCUCCUGCUCUGACCUCGGAGUUUUCAUUCUUAAGUUUUUCUCUUUUCCCUUCAGAGCUCACAAAGGGGUCACCAUCAUGGCUGGCGGCUUUCUGGUUCUCAGCUCUUUUUGCGGUUGAGGGACCAGAGGACAGAGAGAUGGCCAUGUGUCCCCUUCUUCCCCUGCCAAGUGCUCACACAGUCUUGCACGCGUGCCCACACACACACACACACACACACACACACACAGAUGGAGAUUCCUGUCACAGGAGCAGCCCUGCCACUGCACCCAGCCAGCCCUGGGCAGUGUCAGGCAGGACUUGCCUCUGAGCAGAUGAGGAGGUGUUAGUCUCGGGGAAGAGGGGACGAGCUGAAGCCACAGUUACCACACUCGAGGCACCUGCCUCUUUCUUCUCUCCAGCCCUGUCUUCCUUCAGCAAAAGAAAAUGUAGGAAUCAGAGUGGCUUCUAGGGGGCACCUAGGGGAGGGACCCCGUUUUCCAAGGGGUUGACUGUCCUCGGCCGCACCUGUGUACAGUCCCCAAGGGGCGGGCGGUGGUGUCUGUACGUAUGUGUACAUAUGCACAUAGACCUUAGAGUGUAUAUUAACAACGCCCAUCUGCUCACCCAUGCCCACCAGCGCCGCCGCUGCUGGCUCUCAGGGCACCUGGCAGGAGGCGGGUGUGUGAAUAGCAUAUAUUUUUACAUGUACUAUAUCUAGGUGUGUGUACAAGUGUGUGUAAAAAUAUAUACCUUGUGUGUAAGCAGCCCUUUUUUUUGAUCUCCCACCCUGCCCUGCCUCUGAGUUUUCUGUUCUGUUAUAUAAUUUUUUACCCCCGUCAUCCUUCUCUCUCCUCUGCCCCUGUCCCCACUCCCAGGGUGUCAUGAGCCCUGAGCCUCAGUGGCCCAGGCCUGCAGGACGGGUAGGGGAGGCAGGCUAGGGCAGGCCGCCUGGGCGGGGGCCAAGCCCAGCAGUGAGCUCAGUACUCCAGGGGCUGCUCUAUACUGUGUAUACGACUCUAUGGCAAUGGAGACAUCCUCUUGUCUGGCACUUGCUGCAGGGGGCCCCCCAGGUGAACCAAGGGCCUGCUCUGGGGCCCCAUUCCAGCUUGGCCACUGUCUGUGACCUUGGGCAAGUCACUUGACCUCUGUGUGCCUCAACUUCCUCCUCUGUAAAAUGGGGACAGUCCCUGCCCCUCCCUACCUCACAGGCAUGUUGUGAGAAUAAAUGAGGUAACGUGUA